UCAACAACCUGUUGUUGUGAAUGUGGGGCUCGUCUAAGCUCCGCCCCAACCGGCCUGACCGAAGUAAAGAAGGAGCGCUCACCAGAGGCUCGUCGGCACGCGCUGCCGUCACAUCGAGGCUGGGGACACGCGCAGAUCAUCACCAAGUUGACACUUGAAUGUUGACAAUUUAUGAACCCUUGAUGGUUUUAUUCUGCUUUGUAGGCAUGUCAACACUUAUCCUUAUCCUCAUUCUCACGCCCGCCGCCAUGAUGCUGGAGUAUCGUUACCACAGCAACGAUGAUAUUGAGCGUUACUUCCACCAAAUCAACGCCUCUAACCCCGACAUCGCUCACCUGUACACCAUUGGCCGCUCAGUCACAGGUCAGCAGCUGUGGGUGUUGGUUUUGGGUUUGAGCCCCCGCCUUCACACUGUUGGCAUCCCCGAGUUCAAAUAUGUGGCCAACAUGCAUGGAAAUGAGGUCCUAGGUCGAGAGCUGCUUCUACAGCUGGUGGAUGAGCUGGUGCGCGGUUACCGUGGCAAUGAGUCCUGGUCAUUGCAGCUACUGAAGAGCACCCGCAUCCACAUCCUGCCCACCAUGAAUCCUGACGGCUUUGAUGACUCUGACACUCACUGUCAGCUGAGCCAGGGCAGGUUCAAUCGUAACGGCGUCGACCUGAACAGGAAUUUCCCUGACGCCUUCGCUGCCCUGCGAGAGGGUCAGCCAGUGGAUGUGUGGAGGAGAGAGGCGGAGGUCCAAGCUGUAAUUGGCUGGUUGAAGAUGGAGACGUUUGUCCUCUCUGCAAACCUUCACGGCGGCGCUCUGGUUGCCAGCUACCCUUACGACAACAGCAAUGGCGGCAGCGAGUUGGUGGGUCGGGCUAGCCUCACGCCUGACAAUGAUGUGUUUGUCCACCUGGCUAAGGUAUACUCCCACAACCACGCCUCCAUGCACCAGGGAUGGAGCUGUGGCGAACCCGUGUCCUUUCCAGACGGCAUCACCAACGGCUACCGGUGGUACCCUCUAUCAGGUGGGAUGCAGGACUACAACUAUGUGUGGGCACAGUGUUUGGAACUGACUUUGGAAGUGUCGUGCUGCAAGUUCCCGCCAGCCAAACAACUUCCUGCUCUGUGGAUGGACAACAGGAAGAGCCUGCUGGCUUUCAUCCAACAAGUCCACCUGGGGGUCAAAGGCCGUGUGUUUGAUGGCUCAGGAGCGCCGGUGCAGAAUGCUGUGGUGGAGGUGAAAGGUCGGAGCAACAUGCGCCCCUUCCUGACGAACCAACAUGGAGAAUACUACCGACUGCUGCUGCCAGGAAACCACUCCUUCAGGGUGACGUAUCCGGGUCACCACGUGUUGACGGAGACCCUUUACGUCCCGUAUGGUCCGGACCACUACUCUGCUCUCAAACAUGACUUUCUGCUGCGUCGCAUCACCAUGACAACUGGCAGCCCCUCCUCCCCGCCCACAAAAUGGGUCCAAGUAGAGGCAGCGGGGCCCCCGGAUACGCCUACGUGGACAAGGAUGGUUACCAGGCUGGGGUUGGCUCUCGUGCUCAACUCCCUGAUCAGUUGAUACAUGAAAGCAAAAUGUGUUAUGUUGACUUUCAUGCACAAAAAAUCAUUUAAAAGACUUAAGAUCUUUACAGGAAAGAUGAUUGCAUUAUUUACAUUUCAUAUCUGAACCUUUUAUUCCGAGACAGGCAUUAGUAAUUCAUCACAACUCAGCAGGAAUGACAACAGGAAGUAAAGAUUCUGUAACUUCCUGUCACACAGAACCUCGAUGUCCUGUCUCCACCAGCACAUCCUCUCCUGACGCCAACUUCCUGUACAGCUGAGACAGUUUGUCAGGGGAUGGCCUCUUGGACUCUGGGGUGCAGGGAAUGUCAAAGUCUGAUGAUGCCUGAGACUCCAGCAGCUCCUCCGGCUCAGAUGGGAUGCCGCUGUGGAGGGGAUUAGAGUCCUGGGUCUGGGAGGAAUGAUCGGACAAUGAGGCGGACAGAGCCAGACUAAAGUUGUCAGCCAGGUUCUCUUCCUGUUGGCUGAACGCUUCAGGUGUCUGCAAUCCUGUCAUCCUGGAGGGGGAGGAGCCUGGGACGGAGCCGGGCUGUGAAUGGCUGUCGAGACUGCUCUGGCUGUCAAGUAGUGUCUCAACAGUGAAGAAGUCAUCCCACUUGGGGGGCCGUUCUAAGCCACGUUCUGCCUGAGUGCUCGCCUCCUCGUCGCUCGACUCGUCUUCAUCAUUUUCAUCAUUGGACUCUGUGCAGUCCAUAUAGUUGUUUGUGUAAUUGUGUGUGCUGGGCGGCUGGUGUGACAGGUGCAGUGAGUCCCCCUUAGAGGCAGGAGAAGCUGUGGCACGUGCACUAGGAGCUGUCAAAUUGUAAACAGUGAUUAACAUGUGCGUGCUUACAAGAACCUAAAACACAGAUGUACCGUUUUUGAUGUGGCUGCUCAGUGCCGGCUUUUUCCUCACUGGCGCCGUAUCCAUCCCAUCAAAGAGCCCAUCAUCACUGUCGGAAUCUGAUUGGACAAAGAUACGAGUGUCAGGGACCACAUUCACUCCGGUGAAAGACAUGUUGUCCUGCGUUGACCGACUGGUGGUUAAAGCCUCACCACGAGGUGGUGUCAUGGCCACGCUGCGCUUGAGCACCCCUAGUGGUUUGUAUGUCAAGGCCUCCUCUGACGGCUUCCUGCACAUGAGCUGGAGCCUGUUGGAAGGCAAGACACCGUCAACCUUGAUGCUGAGUCAAAGUUUCCCAUACAUUCAUUUAUCAGUCGCAAGCCGCCACAAAUAAACAUGCACGAACACAUAUACUUGCAGUUAGCGCACCCUUUCUCACUUUCACAAUAGAAUGAGCUGUCUCCACCUAAUGGAGACUUCCUUGACAACCAGACAUGAGCCUACAUGAUUAUGACCAUAUAAUAACCUUGGGCAAAAAUAUCACAGU